AUGUUGCGACAGAUCCGUCUAUGUCCAUCUGGCUGUCAAUACUGAAACAAAGCAAUCAUCGCUCGAGGAGGACAGUUUUUAGCUUAUUGCUCAACACUUGCAAUUUAUUUACUCUUCUUUUUGAUUAGCGAGCAAGAUAUUAUAAGUUGUUUUAAAAUUUUAUAUAAUUUUAAAAAUCCAUUUGGAAAUAUUUGAAAAAUCAAUUUUAAUUUAUAAAUUUAUACUUAAAAAUAAAAUCAUUAACUAUUUAAUAUUGUUCUAGGAUUUUAUUACUCUUAUAGCCCGUUCUCGGCUAUAGAUUGGGCUUAGCCCGUUCUCGGCUAUAGAUCGGGCUUAGCCCGAUCUUUGCCGGGAAACUCGGGGGGUUGUCUCCGUCACUUUGAGGUGACGAGUCAACUUCCCGAGUUGGCAAAAUAGCCGCUAUAUGGUGAUUUGCCAACUUGGGGAGUUGACUCGUCACAUCAAAGUGACGGAGACAACCCCCCGAGUUUCCCGGCAAAGAUUUGGCUAAGCCCGAUCUAUAGCCGGGAACGGGCUAUAUUAUAAUUAGCUAUAUCUAAAAUAAUAUAUAUUAUUAAAAUGAUUUUUCUAUAGCAUCAAAAAGUAGGAUUUCCAAUCAUGUAGUUCCCUAACAAAGGAGUCAGUUGAUCUUGAUACUUUUAGCAUCCACAAAAUCAUAUCAGCUCAUGAGCAAACAAUUUCAUGCAUUUCUUGGAAUAAUUUAGACCCUUCUCAAUUGGCAUCUGUAUCCACUGACAAUUCGUUUUAUCUUUGGAAUGUCAGCCAGGACUCACCUAUUGUAAGUAUGCUCCUGACUAAUUUGGUCUUGAUGAUGGAAUUCAAUCCAUUCAACAAAGAAGAAAUUCUAUUUCUACAUGAAAAUGGAGACGUCAAAAUCAUGAAUACAGCAGCUGGCACUUUGACUAGAAAAGCUAACUAUGCUGGAGUCAGGCCCAGCAUUUUGAGAUUUCACCCUAGCAUCAAUGGGAAAUUUGCGCUUGGUUGUAUUGAAGGAGUCGCUUUGAGCUGCGAAAUGAAGCAUGACAAUGUAAAAAGGCUUGAAAUGCCAAAGCAGCCAUCUGCUACAGAAGACUUGCAAUGGGAUCCAUUGUCAGAUAAAUACCUCUUAGUCGCUUUUAAAGACGGAAGCAUGGUGCUUUUUGAUGCAGAAGAGCAGUCUAUUCUGCAGACGUUUGACAGGCAAGGAGCAGGCAUCAGAAGCAUUGCUUGGAACAAAGCAGCUCCUGGAGAAUUUUUCACAGCAACUGAUAAAAUUGCAGCCUUAAAGCUUUGGAAUGUCUCGAAAAAGGCUCCAGUUGAUACUAUUAAAAUUGGGAAUUCAGGUGUGAGGCAAAUCAACUACUUACAUGACCGAGCUUCUCUGAUCUGCAGCUUCAAAAGUGGAAGUGUUGGGGUGUUUUCAAUUGUGAGGAAGAAACUUGAAUUCCAGACUGAGUCAGGCCAUGCAGAAACUAUUUUUGAUGUGAGAAUCAAUCCACAAGAUAAAAACUUGUUAGCAACUGGAUCAUAUGACGGAAGCAUUAAAAUCUGGGACAUGAGGACUAUGAAAAAUAUUGAAACUUUAUAUUCCGAUGCUUUAGAGUUUGGUAAAUUUAAAGGAGUCAUGCAGACUAAAAGUGUUGUUUAUGGGCUAGCAUGGGGCCCAGGUACGCUAAUAGCUGGCUGCACAGCUAAAGGUGACGUUCUUUUAUUUGACUACGCUAAGCCAGUUCUUAUCCACCGCUUUAAGCCUACAAUCGAAGCCCCAAUCUUCAGGAUUGAUUGGAAUCCUUUAGACCAGAGUUUGCUGGCAGUUGGGACUUCAGACAACUUCUUAAUAAUUCUAAAGCUUGAUGGACAACAGCUGUCUACACUUAAAACAGUCCGCCAUCCGCAUACAGUUUAUGGCGUUUCUUGGCAUCCUCACAAUGAAAAUAUGAUUGCAACUGCAUGCCAAGAUUCCCGUGUCCGCGUCUACACUUUUAGUCAAUCAGCUCCUGACCAAUGUGUUGAGCUAAGAGGCCACCAAGCUAAAGUGUUCAAUAUUUGCUGGAAUCCGACCUUUGAUAAUAUUUUGGCAAGCAGCUCAGACGAUAGGACAAUUGGUGUUUGGGACACUUCAUCAGGAACUUUAUUGAAAAGGUUAGAAGGUCACACUCACAAUACCAGGGCACUUGUGUGGAACACUGAAAUUCCAUGGAUGCUGAUUACAGGUGCUUGGGAUAGUCUGUUGAAGGUCUGGGAUAUAAGGACUGGCACUUGCAUGUACACUGCUAAUGAGCACCAUGCUGAUAUUUAUGGACUUUGCUCACAUCCGUCAAGGCCUUUCCUUUUUGUUUCUGCUUCUCGUGAUACUUCAAUUCGAUUUUGGUCUUUGGAAGAUUUCAUGUCUCAGCUCGAACUUAAAGCAAUUAUUAACCAAGACUGGACAGAAUUAAUGGGAGCCCCUACUCUAGACCCCGCUGCCCCAGUUAAUCUUUCAGGAAAAGGAAGCCGCGAUAUACUCCAAAAGCUUCGCGAGUGCAAUGAAAUAGAAAGGUAUCAAGCAAUUGUUGCCUUUUUCAGAUACAGGUCAGGCGAAGAAGAUUUCUUUGAUAUGUUGAACUACAUUUUUAACAGCAAAGGAUGCAACCCAAAUAACCAGAUUUUACCAAUCGAGGCUUUAUGCACAGCUAAAAAAACCCGCGCUGAUGAGCUUGAACAAGCUUCUGGGAUGGCUUAUCUUGGCAGCGCUUUAGCUAAAAAGGAAGACCGUCUAAUUGAAGCUGCCAAAAUUCACUUAAAGCUUGGAAACCUACAGAAGUACUGUGAGUUGAUGAUAAAACUUGGGAAAUGGGAAAGAGCACUUGCAUUUGCCCCUGGGUUCUGCAUGGAUUACUGGCAAAAUGUUGCCCAAAGAUAUGCACAAAACUUGUCAGUCAAUGAAAAAGAAGACGCUUCAGCAGUUUAUUUGGCUUGUGGAAAAGUAGAUAAGGCAAUACAUUUCUUCCAGAAAAGAAAAGACCACAGUGACGCUUUAUUGGUUGCAAGCAGCAAGAGCACCGGGGUUUUCGGAAGCAUUCCUUCAGAAGGGCCACGACCAACUGGAGUUGGCCAAAAAGAUGUGACGACGCUUCAGACGAUUACUGCAAAUUUAGCAGAAGAUUUCUUUAAUAGUUGUGAGCCAGUUUUAUCAGCGGCCUCUCAUAUUUCUUUGCAAGACUCUGAAGGAGCUUUAACUAAGCUGCUAAGGUCACACGAAUUGACUUAUGCAUAUAUUCUUGCAAAAUUAUAUGCACUCCCUCAGAGAGAAAUCUUGUUUAUGCUAGCCAAAAAGGUGGAAAAAUAUCAGGACUGGGAUUUACUGAUGAAACUACUUGAAGGAGAAAAUGAGCUAAAAGAGCUGUUCUCUGCAAGACUUCCUGAAAAUCUUUUAGGAGAGUUCGGCUUUGAAAGGCCUGAAUUUUAUUGUGCGAAAGGAGACAGAGCACUAUCUGAAGGGAAACUGAAAGAAGCCAUUAAGUAUCUGAUUAUAGGUAGAAACGCUUCAAAAGCUUGCUUAGUCACAGUUGGAAUGUUCAAAGAGUAUAUUUCAGCGAAUCAAAAUCUUUCUGAGCUUUUCGAGAUCAUGGAGUAUUUUGCGUUCAUAAAUCUCGAUCCAGUCCCUAUCAAAGUCAAAGCAGAAAUUCUAGCAGUCGGGUCAAUCCUUGGUGCAAUGCAAAGCAUGUGGAAAGGGUACACCCUAACGCACAUCCUGGCCAUCACCUAUGCAAAUCUCUGCAGACAUCAAGGCCUAGACAUGCCUCUUUCACCAGCAUUUAACAUCUAUAUAUCAGCUAUCAUAGAAACCAAGCAAAACCCAGCUGGCGCUAAAGACUAUAUUCAGUCACUCCUCCCCUCCCUAAACCCAAGCGAUGUAGAGCCUAUGGGAAAUAUUUUAUCUCAGCUUGACAAAGCAACUGAUGGCCAGCCAAGCCUCGUCAAAAACCAAAUUAAGCUAAUCGGUAGCAACCUCCCAGCUAACAACUUAAACGCUGUGCUUCCAGUUUCCAUUUUCACUAGAAAAAUCAUUCAAGGGCCUUCCUAUAUUUUUGGAAAGGCCGCUUUAGGCUUAGACGAAGCACUGAUGUGGGCCAAGGUGAAUCCAUUUUCUCCCAUGAAUGAUGGAUCAAUAAUUAAUCCUUAUUAA